AUGGAGGAUUUUAAAGUAAAUCUUGGUUUUAUUUGCUGCCUUAUCUGCUCUAAAUGGUUGACAUCCGUAAUUUUUUCAUCACACUGUAGUAUCCUAAUGGGGAGUAAAUUUGUUCCCACUUUUCUGAUUUCACACACCUUUCAGUGUUUGAAAAUCCAACUUUUUAGUCGAUUGAAAAUUUUCGCAUUAGUUAGGUUAAGAAUAAUAUACCAACCUCCAGUUUUAGAUAACAAAUCAAAACUCCUUUUAUUUGUGCUACGUCAUGGUGGUCAAAUUGAUUUGCCGCUGGGCAAAUCUACAUGGCAGCCUCAGGACGAUUUGACAGAAUGUAAAAACCCCAAAACUUGCAAUUCACCGAGCUGCAGUCAACCUUCUACACAAAAACAUUUCAUCAUUAUCUUUUUACCAAGACUGAGAAGAAUUUUACUAAUACUAUUACUUUUAGACAUGACGGUAGAUUACCAGUACUGCCUUCGCCAGUUAUUGACAAGGAGCUACGUUGCUACUAGUUUAAAUAAUUCAAGAUCACCUCUUAAGAAUGAACAUCUUUACCACCCGAACUAUGCGAUGAUUAAACCAUUUCCAUGUAUUAAAAGAUACGAGCAUUUUCAAAAAAGGCCAAAUGGUUUAGAGCCUCAAAUUUUAUUUGAGGAAGAGGAAAUUUGCAUAGUUGGAGGAGAAGAUGAACCAUUUUAA